GGGGGGGUGGUGUGGUUGUGUGUCGGUGACGAGAGGAGUCGCUCCAUCCACGGGAGGAGGGAGGAGAACCGGACAAUUUUGUUGGCUUUGGCGGGUGAAGAGUCCACAGCGGCGCGGGAAAGUGUCGCUCGUCCUGCGGAAGGCAGACCAAGGAAGCAUGUAAAAGCCGACGUCGAGGAGGAGAUGUUCCAGACCAGAAGGAGGACUACAGAAGAACCUCCUGGCUUUUAGAGUCAGCCAAUCCAGUCCUUGGACUCGGGGGCGAGGGGGGGGGGGCCUCCAUGGUCCCGCCCAUCACGACCCCACCGCCGUCCCCGCGUAUCCACCUCCGGCAUGAUGACGCGGGCUUGGAAGCUGCCGACGGUCACGGGUCCCUACUUCCUGUCUCUGCUGAUGAUGAACAGCUGCUGGCUGCUUGGCUCCGCCUCAUCCGACGCGGACCCCCAGCAGGCCACGCAGGAGUACGCCCACUCCAUCCGCCUGGACGGGGACAUCAUCUUGGGGGGCCUCUUUCCCGUGCACGCCCGCGGCGAGCGGGGCCUACCCUGCGGCGAGCUGAAGAAGGAGAAGGGCAUCCACCGUCUGGAGGCCAUGUUGUUCGCCAUCGACCUCAUCAACAAGGACCCCGACUUGCUGCCCAAUGUGACCCUGGGGGCGCGUAUCCUGGACACGUGCUCGCGUGACACCUACGCCUUGGAGCAGUCGCUCACCUUUGUGCAGGCCCUUAUCGAGAGGGACGCCUCCGACGUGCGCUGCGCUAACGGGGAGCCGCCCGUCCUCGCCAGGCCCGACAAGGUGGUGGCCGUCAUCGGGGCGGCAGCCAGCUCCGUCUCCAUCAUGGUGGCCAACAUCCUGCGGCUCUUCAAGAUCCCUCAGAUCAGCUACGCCUCCACGGCGCCGGAGCUCAGUGAUAACACACGUUACGACUUCUUCUCCCGCGUGGUUCCUCCUGACUCCUACCAGGCUCAGAGCAUGCUGGACGUGGUCACCACCCUGGGAUGGAACUACGUCUCCACGCUGGCCUCCGAGGGCAACUAUGGAGAGAGUGGCGUGGAGGCCUUCGUGCAGAUCUCCAGGGAGUCAGGAGGCGUGUGCAUCGCUCAGUCCCUGAAGAUCCCUCGUGAGCCCAAACCCGGCGAGUUCGACAAGAUCGUGUUGCGUUUGCUGGAGACGCCCAACGCCCGAACCAUCAUCACGUUCGCCAACGAGGACGAUAUCCGGCGUAUCCUGGAUGCCGCCAAGCGCAAUAACCUGACGGGUCACUUCCUGUGGGUGGGGUCUGACAGCUGGGGCGCCAAGAUCUCCCCGGUGGUGCAGCAGGAGCGGGUGGCCGAGGGCGCUGUUACCAUCCUACCCAAGAGGGCGUCGGUGGAUGCUUUUGACCGCUACUUCAAGAGCCGCUCGCUGUCCAACAACCGCAGGAACGUCUGGUUUGCCGAAUUCUGGGAAGAGAACUUCGGCUGCAAGCUGGGGAUGCACGGCAGGAAGCCCGGCGGCGCCAAGAAGUGCACGGGCCUGGAGAAGGUGGGCCGUGAGUCCACGUACGAGCAGGAAGGCAAGGUGCAGUUUGUGAUGGACGCCGUGUACGCCAUGGCCCACGCCCUGCACCGCAUGCACCGCCAGCUCUGUGGCGGAUACCCCGGCCUGUGCCCCCGCAUGGCCAACGUCGACGGCAAGGAGCUUCUCUCCUUCAUCCGCCAUGUCAACUUCAACGGAAGCGCCGGGACCCCGGUCACCUUCAACGAGAACGGCGACGCCCCCGGCCGAUACGACAUCUUCCAGUAUCAGCGCAACAACCGCUCCGCCGAGUACAAGGUCAUCGGGCACUGGACCAAUCAGCUGCAUUUAAACAUGGAGGCGCUACAGUGGCGCGAGGGCGCCGCCCCCCUGCCGGCCUCCGUGUGCAGCCUCCCGUGUCGUGCGGGCGAGAGGAAGAAGGUGGUGAAGGGCGUGCCGUGCUGCUGGCACUGCGAGCGCUGCGAGGGCUACCACUUCCUGUCCGGCGAGUUCUCCUGCGAGCUGUGUCCCUACGAGAGGAGACCGGACCGGAACCGCACCGGGUGCCAGCCCAUCCCCAUCAUCAAGCUGGAGUGGCACUCGCCCUGGGCGCUGGUUCCCGUCUUCAUCUCGGUGACGGGGAUCCUCGCCACCAUCUUCGUCAUGGUCACGUUCGUGCGCUUCAACGACACGCCCAUCGUGCGGGCGUCGGGCCGCGAGAUGAGCUACGUACUUCUGACGGGCAUCUUCCUGUGUUACAUCAUCACGUUCCCGAUGAUCGCGACACCUGAUGUGGCGGUCUGCUCCUUCCGCCGCAUCUUCCUGGGUCUGGGAAUGUGCUUCAGCUACGCGGCGCUGCUAACCAAGACCAACCGCAUCCACCGCAUCUUCGAGCAAGGCAAGAAGGCCGUGACGGCGCCGCGCUUCAUCUCGCCCGCCUCCCAGCUCGCCAUCACGUUCUCGCUCAUCUCGGUUCAGCUGCUCGGCGUCCUCGUGUGGUUCGCCGCCGACCCGCCGCACACUUUCGUGGACUACAGCGAGCAGCGCUCCCAAGACCCCGAAAGAGCUCGCGGCGUCCUCAAGUGCGACAUUUCGGAUUUGUCGCUCAUCUGCUCGCUGGGGUACAGCCUCCUGCUGAUGGUCACGUGCACCGUCUACGCCAUCAAGACGCGCGCCGUGCCCGAGACCUUCAACGAGGCCAAGCCCAUCGGGUUCACCAUGUACACCACCUGCAUCAUCUGGCUCGCCUUCAUCCCCAUCUUCUUCGGAACGUCGCAGUCGGCGGAGCGGCUGUACAUCCAGACGGCCACACUGACCGUGUCGCUCAGCCUCAGCGCCUCGGUGUCGCUGGGGAUGCUCUACGUUCCCAAAGUCUACGUCAUCAUCUUCCACCCGGAGCAGAACGUUCCCAAACGCAAACGCAGCUUCAAGGCCGUCGUCACCGCCGCCACCAUGACCAGCAAACUGUCGCAGCUGGCGGCCGAGCGGCCCAACGGCGAGGUGAAGACGGAGCUGUGCGAGGGAGUGGAAGCCGGCGUUCUCCCCACCAAGACCACCUACGUCAGCUACGCCAACCACGCCACCUGAUGUCAUCACGCCAACCUUCUCCUGAGUCCCAGUCCGCUCCGCUCGGGAAAGAACUGCUUUCCGUGUUUACAGUCCAGCAGGAACGCAGCCAAAAAAAAUGGAGAAGAAGAAAGACAAAAAGAUCUUUGGUGUUAUUUUAAAACCGUGUUGUCCACUUUGGAUCCUUGCCCCGCUUUCUCCGUUCCACGAGUCCCUCGAUGUUUUUUUGGCUUUUUGGUGGUGAAAUGUGAAAAUGGAUGAAGUGAAGUGAUGCAUGCUGGGAUUUCUUUGUUGUGGUUUUUUUUUUUUUUUUUUUUUUUACAAAUGAUCAAUUUCUAAUAAAGACAGCUUUCAUACAGCGCCUCCAAACCUGAACCUUUUUAUCUCGUGGAACUGGAGAAGGGGAGGAGUCUUGGAUCCAUUCGUCCAUCUGGUGGAUUAUCUGGUCAGGGAUCCGUUUACCUCAUCCCUUCAUCCAUCCAUCCAUCCAUCCAUCCAUCCAUUGUUUCAUCUACCCAGUAAUCCAUCGGUAGAUCCGCUCAGCCAGGAUUCUCACCGAAUCAGUGAUCAUCCAUAUAACCAGUGAUCCAUCCACCCAGUCAUCCAGAAAUCCAGUCGUUGGUUUGUCAACUCAGAGAUCCACCCAGUGACCCAUCUAUUGAUCUAGUGAUCAACAUAGCGAGUGAUCCAUCCGCACAGUCAUCCAGAAAUCCAGUCAUUGGUUCAGAGAUCCAUACAGUGACCCAUCUAUCUAUCUAGUGAUCAACAUAGCGAGUGAUCCCGAGUGAUCCAUCCACCCAGUUAUCCAGAAAUCCAGUCAUUGGUUCAGAG